CCGAUAAGUAGCACGCAGCUCAUCGAUCGUAGCACGCGCGCGCGCACAGAGCAAACUAGCUGAAGCCAGCGAGAGAGAAGGGAGAGCCGGUUAGCAUGGAGGGGCCGGCGGUGAGGCACCGGACGGUGGAGGCAAACGGCAUCUCGAUGCACGUGGCAGAGGCCGGCGGCGACGUCGCGGACGGGACACAGCGGCCUGCGGUGGUGUUCCUGCACGGGUUCCCGGAGCUGUGGUACUCGUGGCGCCACCAGAUGGAGCACCUGGCCGCGCGCGGCUACCGCUGCAUCGCGCCCGACCUCCGCGGCUACGGCGGCACCACCGCGCCGCCGGAGGUGUCGUCCUACUCGGCCUUCCACGUCGUCGGCGACGUCGUCGCCCUCCUCGACGCGCUCGGCCUCGACAAGGUGUUCGUGGUGGGGCACGACUGGGGCUCGCUCAUCGCCUGGUACCUCUGCCUGUUCCGGCCGGACCGCGUGAUGGCGCUGGUGAACACGAGCGUCGCCUUCAUGCGCCGCGUCAUGAUCCGCGCCGGCGCCGGCGCCGUCAAGACCACCGACUACUUCAACCGCACCUACGGACCCACCUACUACAUCUGCCGCUUCCAGGAGCCUGGGGUUGCAGAGAAGGAAUUCUGCCCGGCCAACGCCCGGCACAUCAUGCGGCAGAUCCUGUGCAACCGUUUCACCUCCGAGGCAGCCGGCGGCGAGAAGCCGCCGGCGGCGGCCGACGACGACUCGCCGCUCCCUCCGUGGCUGACGGAGGCGGACGUGGACUACUUCGCGUCGGAGUUCGAGCGGACGGGGUUCACGGGCGCCAUCAACUACUACCGCAACAUGGACCGGAACUGGGAGCUGGCGGCGCCGUGGGCGGACGCCAAGGUGCGGGUGCCGACCAAGUUCAUCGUCGGGGACGGCGACCUCACGUACCACUACCCGGGCAUCCAGGACUACCUGCACAAGGGCGGCUUCAAGGCCGACGUGCCGCUGCUCGAGGACGUCGUCGUCAUCCCCGGCGCCGGCCACUUCAUCCAGCAGGAGAAGGCCGACGAGGUCAGCAAACACAUCCACGACUUCAUCGCCAAGUUCUGAUCCAUCAGCUCGACCGGUCGCAUGCCCAACUCAACCGAUUGAUGGAUCAUGGAUGGACACGUGCAUCAUAUGUGUGUACCGUGUAGUGUGGUACAGACUCGUACAUUUCUUCCCUUAUCGUGGAACAAGCUACUGCAUGCAUGGUCGUUAAUUUAAUUCAUUUCUGCGUGGAAUAAUGUGUUCGAAAUUUCAAUGUACGUGGCAUGAUGUGUUGGUCUCCUAAAACAUGCUUUGCAAUUCUCGUUGCAAACAGAAGGGCUAUGUGUUGAGAUGGUGAAAGAGACAAUAUGUUGUAUCAGUUGUGAAACAUACUUUUUUUUGUUUU